AUGGUUAUCGAUUACAGACGUCUAAACGACAUAACUGUGGACGAUAAGUACCCUUUACCCAAUAUCACUGACAUUUUUGACAAACUAGGUAAGAGUACUUACUUUUCAACCUUGGACUUAGCAAGUGGAUACCACCAAAUUGAGAUCAACGAAUCAGAUAGACAAAAAACGGCAUUCAGCACAGAGAACGGACACUAUGAAUUCCUUCGAAUGCCCUUUGGCCUGAAGACAGCUCCAGCCACCUUCCAAAGAGCCAUGGAUAACAUCCUAAGAGGCUUACAAGGAAUUCAUUGCCUUGUCUAUCUUGAUGACAUAAUUAUUUUCUCGAGUAGCCUCCAGGAGCAUUUACAAAAAUUAAGGACAGUUUUUGACAGAUUGAGAUUGACUAAUUUAAAAAUACAACUUGACAAAUCAGAAUUCUUGAGAAAAGAAGUGCUAUACGUAGGGCACGUUAUUACUAAAGACGGACUUAAACCAAACGAUGAUAAGAUUCAGGCUGUAUUAAACUAUCCGUUACCAAGGACGACUACCGAGAUCAAGAGUUUCCUAGGAUUGAUUGGUUAUUACAGAAGCUUUGUAAAAGACUUCGCCAAAAUCACCCAGCCCCUUACAGCAUGCCUAAAGAAAAGAAAUAAAAUUGUAAUAGAUCAAAAAUAUAUUGAUGCGUUUCAGAAGUGUAAGGAGCUUCUGACUAAUGCACCUUUACUCCAAUACCCAGAUCCAGACAAACCUUAUGUUUUAACUACAGAUGCUUCUACUGUUGCUUUAGGUGCGGUCUUAUUGCAGGGGACAAUAGCAUCCGAUAAGCCCAUUGCCUACGCCAGUAGAACUCUCAGCGACACUGAGACCAGAUAUAGUACAAUAGAGCGUGAACUACUCGACAUAAUAUGGGCCGUAAAAUAUUUUAGACCAUACCUUUACGGGCGUAAGUUCACCAUAUAUACCGACCAUAGACCACUAGUUUGGCUUUACUCACUUAAAGAACCGAACAGUAAACUGACCCGUUGGCGUUUACGUCUUCAAGAGUACGACUUCGAUAUUGUAUACAAAAACGGAAAACAAAAUAGUAAUGCUGAUGCCCUCUCUCGGAUAAAACUAAAUGCCAUAGACUCUGAUGACUCACAAUCAUUGGAAGUAAACCUGGACCCUAAAGAACAAAAACUGCAAAAAUAUCUGACAGAAUUAACUGACCAAAUUGUGGACUUAACGACUGAAAACAGGGACGACUCUAGGACAAUAACUAUAACUGACACAUCCGCCACUAACAUGCAAGAGACGAUUGCUGCAGUACUUAAUGUUUGUGAUGCCUGUAGAAAAAUGAAAUAUGAAAGAAAACCCAUUAAACCAUUACUUCAAUUAACUCAAACCCAACACGCCCCCUUCCAAGAAGUUUUCAUGGACCUUUUUAUAAUUGAAUCCGUUUAUUACCUAACUUUGGUUGACGCAUUUAGUAAAUUAGGACAAGCUAUCGAAAUCACAAAUAGAUCCGCACCGGAAAUCGUAAGAGCGCUUAUUAAAUAUUUUUCAAUAUACGGAACACCUAAAAAAAUAACUUCUGAUCCCGGUAUACAAAAUUUUAAGAAAAAUAAUACAGAACCUAAAUGGAAACAAAGAAUUCAAAAACGAAUUGACAAUACUCGCAAAAUUAUAGGAAAAUUAAUAAGCUACCAAACAGGUAACAGGCGUAAAAAAAUAAUUACUUUAGUAAAUCAAAUCUCUAAUGAAAAUAAUAUUAGCCAUUUAGAUCCCCAUUUUCCGGAUAAAAUUACUGAGUACAUUGAUACGCAAAAACAAAAGUUAAAAGCAUGGGCCAACCGUAUUAGACGAUAUUCAGAAAGGUCUAAACGGUACUUCCAAAAUCGCACAUUCGAAAGUAAUCAAAAGUGGGUGUAUCGGUCUUGGGAGAGCACUACAACUAAUAGUUGUACUCAUGGCAGCCCAAGCUUAAUUGAAUGUCUAAAUUUUUGGAAAAAUAUGUGGUCUAAUGAAGUUUCUCAUAAUGAAGGCGAAUGGAUUCGUGCAACCGAACGUAAGUUUUCUAAUUUGGCUAACAUGGGUUCUAUCUCAAUUACUGCUGAAGAUGUAUACUCAAUUACUCGUAGAUUACACAAUUGGAAAUCACCUGGACCAGAUGGUAUACACAACUUUUGGCUGAAAUGGAUAACAAGUAGCCAUGUGCGUUUGGCUGCACAGAUUCAAGAAGCCAUUGAGUGCUGUGAGCUCCCGAAAUUUCUUACAACUGGUAUUACCCACUUACUAUAUAAAAAUGGAAACACCACGGAACCUAAAAAUUACCGACCUAUAACAUGCCUUUCAACUGUAUACAAAUUAAUAACUGCAAUUUUAAAUAACAAGAUCUAUAAACAUUUGGAAAAUAAUAACAUUCUGUCAACCGCACAGAACGGAUGUCGGAAAGGGUCACGUGGUUGUAAAGAACUUCUUCUCAUUGACACAGCUAUUUGCCGACAAGUUUUUCGUAAUCGCAAAAAUAUGUCCGCUGCUUGGGUGGAUUACAAAAAGGCAUAUGACUCUGUUCCACAUUCAUGGCUAAAGAGAGUUUUAGAAAUAUAUAAAAUAGAUGACAAAAUUUGUAAGUUUUUAAGUAAAUUAAUGGGUCAGUGGAACACUAUCCUAAAUCUACCAGGUAAGUGGCAAAGUAGUUCGAUAGACUCUAUAAAUAUUAAGCGGGGUAUAUUCCAGGGCGAUAGUUUGAGCCCAACUUGGUUUUGUUUAGCCCUGAAUCCUUUAAGCACUGUUAUUGAGGAAUCUGGAUUAGGAUUUCGGUUUCGAAAAGAAAACUCACCCAUCUCACAUCUACUUUACAUGGAUGAUCUCAAGCUAUUCACAUCAAAAGAGAGUGAUCUAUUAUUAUUGUUGAAAUUAAUACAUAGUUUCAACAAUGAUAUUAGAAUGGAAUUUGGAAUAGAUAAAUGUGCUGUCAUAAACGUAAAUAGGGGCAAAAUUAAAGAUUGUAAUAAUUUUGCAAUUACAGAUGACUUACAUUUCAGUUCUCUUUCUGAGACAGAAACCUAUAAAUACUUGGGCAUGGCAGAAGCGCUAGGAAUUAAUGACAAAAACAUUAAAGAAAAUUCAAAAGUAAAAUUUAUGUCAAGAUUAAAAAAAGUUAUCAAAAGUCAUUUAUCUGGCGGAAACAAAAUUAGAGCAUAUAACUCCUGGGUAAUACCUAGCCUUCUAUAUACUUUUGGUAUUACAAGAUGGUCUCAAACGGAAUUGGAUGACUUAGAUAGACGAGUCCGCACAUUAAUGACUACGCACAGAAUGCACCACCCGCGAUCAUCUGUCAUGAGGUUGUAUCUUCCAAGAAAAGAUGGUGGACGGGGCUUAUUAAACAUUAAAAACCUACACAACCGGGUUUUAAAUAUCUAUGGUGCUAUGGCUUCAAAAACAAAAUUGUGCGCGGGAUGUUUAAAUAAAAUAACUAAUAAGGACUUUGUAAUAUGUUCACUUUGCAAAGAUAUAUAUGACACAGUUUGCGCUAAUAUUUCUCACCAACGCCUUAUGCUGCUGGAGAAGGACAAGAAAGAGAAAUGGAUCUGCUCUGGUUGUAGGAAUAAAGAACGAAAGGGUGACAAUUUAAACACCCCAAUCCAGUCCAGAACGGGCCCGCGAGACCGUGGUGAUUCGUCGCAGGAAAUUAGUACUCCUAACAGUGAUUACAUAACACAGCGUAAAAAAUCUCAACUACCUAGUAAUCAGAAGGUGAGCUCACCUACACAACCCGGAGAUGAAUCCUUAAUGCUAACAAUUAGAUCAGAAAUUAAAUCAUCAAUGGGAAAAUUUUUAAAUCAAGCUAUAGAGGAGUCAUCUAUAAAAAUGGAUUUAAGAACUAUAAAAGAGGAGUUAAGUUCCUUAAAAGAUAUCAAAAGCGGGCUUGAAUUUUUAAGUGCGGAAUAUGACAGAAUGAAAAAAGAAUUAAAAACGUCAGAAGAGCACAUAAAGUCGCUUUCAGCUGAAAACAGCAACUUACAUACAAAAGUGAACGAAUUAUCAAAUAUACUUGUUUUACUUGAGCAAUACUCGCGUGAGACGAAUAUUGAAGUGAAUGGUGUUCCGGAAAGUAAGACUGAGAACUUAAUUAAUAUUGCCAAACAAAUAUGCAAUACUGUAUCUAUCUCUACCGAUCUCAUCGAAUCAGCUACCUGUACCAGAGUUAGGAAGAUGAACGAUUCAAAUAAGAGGCCCCGCGCAAUUAUUAUAAAACUUCCUUCAGUAAAAACUCGUGAUGAGAUACUAGCAGCGGUAACGCAAUUUAAUAAAAAGAACGCAUCCAAUAAACUAAACACAGGACACCUGGGAUAUAUAGAAAACAAGUCGCCUAUUUUCGUUUCCGAACAUCUAGCGCCGUUUUUUAAAGCUCUACAUGCGAGGACUCGUCAAGUUGCUCGAGAAAAGCAAUACGAUUUCGUCUGGAUCCGUAACGGCCGCAUUUUUGUUAGAAAAAAUGACCAGUCCCCUGCAAAACAAAUAAAGUGUUACGAUAACCUAAACAGACUAUAA